AUUCAUGAGAAAAUGCUGCCAUUGAUAUCGAAUGUGUCCGCUAAUAUAACACUGCAUAACAACUUCUUCUUAGUAUCAACGAUAUGAUAAACACACCGGAAGAGAUUUUGGUUCGAAGCUGAAAAAUCAAAGAGAACUGGGAGCAGAAUGCUGGACAUUUUAGAAGCAAUCCCUGAAGAGAUUCCACUGGAAGGGCAACCACUCACAAUUGCAUAUUCAAAUAUUGGUGUUGGUAUUACCAAAGUAGAGGAAAAAUCUUUCAACGGUCUUUUCUAUGGUGUUUUGUAUGGAAAUAAGGAAACUAAAGUGAAGACAAUGAUAUACAACAGCUCUUAUGCAGAAACACCACAGGAAGAAACGAAGGACAUGGACUUCAUUUCCUUACCAAGGAGCUUGAUGAAACAUCUCCAAGAUGAAGGCCUGUCGACUAUGUCUAGGAUCUCUUUUGUCUUUAUGCGGGAUGAUAAAAUUCAAAGGGUAAUACAAAAAUCUAGUACCGAAGCAAAUACUACAAUUAUCAGUCACAUUAUUGCCGCAAAUAUUCCUAAAAUUUCAAUAACCAACCUCGAUGAGCCAGUUACCAUAUCAUUCAAUUUAAUAGAUCAGAAUGCCACCAACCUGCGGUGUGUUUAUUGGGAUGAAAUACUUGGUAACUGGUCAGGAGAAGGCUGUAAAAGAUCCCACAAUAUAUCAGGAGAGAAAGUAUUUUGUUCCUGUAACCAUCUGACAAGUUUUGCCAUAAUAAUGGAUGUCUACCAGACCGGAAAUGGACCGAAUGAUGAAAUCUUAUCUAUUUUAUCAAACGUUGGCUGCGGAAUAUCAUUAGUCUGUCUAAUUCUUACAAUAAUAAUUCAUGUUUGUUCCAAAACUCUAAGAAAAUUAAUGGUUUCAAAGAUCUUAGUAAACUUGUGCAUUUCUUUGGCUAUCACUAAUAUCAUCUUUCUUGCUGGGAUGCAACCAUAUGCCUCAAAAAUAACAGGUGUUUGUAAGGCAGUGGCGGCUCUCAUCCACUACUUCCUUCUGACUUCUCUCAUGUGGAUGGCUGUAGAAGCGCUUAAUGUCUUCCUCGGUGUGGUCGUUGUAUUCAAAACAUAUCAGACAUCUUUUAUGCUGAGGAGUUCAAUUUUGGCAUGGGGUCUUCCAGCUGUCAUUGUCGCAAUUACUCUGGGAAUUAACUACACAAACAAUUACACCAGAAUUGCACAAGU